AUGCCUGGUCUCGUUCGCAAGCUUCUUAUCUUUGCCGCCAUCGACGGGCUGAUUUUACAACCUGUGGCGCAAAAGGGUCAACGGCCCGCACCCAGCUCGAAGCUAACAUAUAAAGAUAGGCAUAUCGGACCAAUAUUGAAUGAUGCACAGGAUGUGGAUGGGUCUGCCAAAGGUUUCGAGGCAUAUGGAAUUGUCGGUCUCUUGACGGUUUCCAAAAGCUCUUUCUUAAUAUCGAUUACGAAACGAGAACAGGUCGCACAAAUUCAAGGAAAGCCAAUAUAUGUUAUUACUGAAGUAGCUUUGACGCCUUUAGCUUCUAAAGCGGAAGCAGAGAGUUCGAUUGAUAGGACGAAAGCGGGGUUGUUGAAGAGUAAUAUUGAGGGACACGGCUUGGAUGAGAGUGAUAGCGAGGAUGAGGAAUUCUCCGCCAAUGUUAGUGACGAAGUGGAGGACGAAGUAAACCCAACAAAUGCCAACACACAUCAUAGAAGGACGAGCGUGGCUGAGGAUGUAAUUUCGAAGAAAGGUGGAUAUGGAAGAUUCGCCCAAAAAUGGUUCUCGAAGAAAGGGUGGGCCGUGGACCAGAAGAAAAAUCUUGGGAUGAGUGUUUCUGAACCAGAUUCUCGUGUAGAGCCAGAUAUUAAGCCCACCGACGUAGCAGCUACGACUUCGAGUGUUGUAGAAGGGGAAUCUGAUCCUGGGCUGUCGAGCAAGACCAGAGACAUUGCUGAAAGCAUGCUGCCAAAAUUACUACGAACAUCACAGAUCUUGUUUGGGUCCUCUCGGAGUUACUAUUUUUCUUACGAUCAUGAUAUCACAAGGAGUUUGGCCAAUCAAAGGAACACAAAUUCUGAAUUACCAUUGUAUAAGGAGGUCGAUCCACUAUUCUUCUGGAAUCGACACCUAUUGCUACCAUUUAUCGGUGCCGGUCAAGCUCAACUCGCCUUACCUCUGAUGCAGGGCUUUGUUGGGCAACGGGCAUUUGUAAUGGAUAGCAACCCACCAAAACCCGUUGUAGGUUUAGAUGGUGUUGGGAAGACUUCUAUGGAACUGAAUGAGAUUACAACAAACAGUUCAGACGAGCAAAUCUCUAUAGCGCAGGCUAGUACGGAUAAAACAUAUCUACUGACAUUAAUGUCUAGAAGAUCAGUUAAGCGUGCUGGCCUUAGGUAUUUGCGUCGCGGUGUGGACGAAGAUGGCAAUACCGCCAAUGGCGUGGAGACAGAGCAGAUUUUAUCAGAUUCUACUUGGGCUCCCUCAAGUAAGAUACAUUCCUUCGUCCAGAUACGUGGCAGUAUUCCUAUCUUCUUCUCUCAAUCGCCUUACUCGUUCAAACCCGUACCUCAAGUUCAUCAUUCUCCAGAAACGAAUUAUGAAGCUUUCAAGAAUCAUUUCGAUAAUAUAACUGAUCGCUACGGAGCUAUACAGGUAGCUUCCCUAGUGGAGAAACAUGGAGCGGAGGCGAUAGUUGGUGGAGAUUUCGAGAAGCUGAUGACUCUUCUCAAUGUGUCCCGAGCUAAUGAGAAUAAAAAGUCUAUUGGAUUUGAAUGGUUCGAUUUUCACGCUAUAUGCAAAGGCAUGAAAUUCGAAAAUGUCAACCUUCUUAUGGAAAUAUUAGGCAAAAAGCUAGACUCGUUCUCGGAUACCGUAGAGGUCGAUGGGAAGCUUGUAUCGAAACAGAAUGGUGUUUUGAGAACCAACUGUAUGGAUUGCCUAGACCGAACAAACGUUGUCCAAAGUGCAGUGGCUAAACGAGCACUUGAAACGCAAUUAAAGAAUGAGGGAAUAGAUAUCAGUUUACAAGUCGAUCAAACUCAACAAUGGUUCAACACUUUGUGGGCUGAUAAUGGCGAUGCCAUCUCUAAGCAAUACGCUUCAACGGCAGCUCUGAAGGGAGACUUUACUCGUACCAGAAAGCGGGAUUAUAAAGGUGCUUUGACAGACAUGGGACUUUCUAUCUCCAGAUUUUACAGCGGUAUUGUCAAUGACUAUUUCAGUCAGGCGGCCAUUGAUUUCCUGCUUGGAAAUGUAAGCUAUCUAGUUUUCGAGGACUUCGAAGCCAAUAUGAUGAGCGGUGAUCCUGGCGUCUCAAUGCAAAAGAUGAGGCAACAAGCUAUCGAUGUAUCUCAAAAGCUCGUUGUUGCAGAUGACGAUGAAGAAUUUAUUGGAGGGUGGACAUUUCUCACUCCCCAAGUACCAAACACGAUCAAGUCCAGUCCCUUCGAAGAAUCUGUACUUUUGUUAACAGAUGCGGCAUUGUACAUGUGUCAUUUCGAUUGGAACAUUGAGAAAGUAUCAUCUUUCGUCAGAGUGGGUCUAAAUCAAGUGGUCGGGAUUAAAUCUGGAACGUACAUCACGAGUACAUUGUCACAGGCUCAGGCAGACGAGAAGAGGAAUAUGGGAUUUGUAGUCACGUAUAAAGCGGGUUCAAAUGAUAUUAUUCGUGUGAACACGAGAUCUAUGGCUACUGAAUUUCCCUCUUCGAAAAUAACUCUUGCCGAAGACAAAACACCUACUCCUACGUCUACGUCUACGUCUACCACUAACUCUGUUGUUGCUCCAAUUGCCGCCGGCUUUGCGAACCUGAUCUCGGGCCUGCAGAAUCAAUCUGCAGCGGAACCCAAGGACGCCAUUAAGGUACUCGCAUUCAAAGCUCUACCCUCCAGAUCUGCGAUAUCAGAUGAAGGAGUAAGCGAGGCCGAGCAAGUGAAGAACGUUUGUGGAGAAAUUGAAAGAAUGGUUGAGAUUGGAAAUAUAAGAGAGGUUGGAGAAGAUAGAAAGACCAUUAUAGAGGAGGGAAAUAUCAUUAGUUUGGCUGAGGCCAAGAAGAGCACGGGACUAUUCGAUAUGCUGGGUCACCAGGUGAAGAAGCUGGUUUGGGCUUAG